AUGUUGCCUGGCGGUCCCGUCCCUGUUUUCAAGAAAUACACAGUCGGCUCUAAGGGUAUCUGGGAGAAGCUCCGAGUUCUCCUGGCUAUUGCCCCUAACCGAUCUACCGGUAACCCCAUUGUGCCUCUCUAUCGAGUCCCCACCCCCGGUUCUCGACCCGAGGCCAAUGUCUACCAGGAUCCCUCCUCGUACCCCACCAACGACAUUGCCGAGAACCCCUACUGGAAGCGAGACCACCGACGAGCAUACCCCCAGACCGCCUUUUUCGAUCAGAAGACCGUGACCGGUCUGCUCGAGCUCGGCUCUGAGGCUACCCCAAGAAUCGCCGACGGCGAGGCUGGAACCAAGGCCCUUGCCAACAUUGCUAACGGUGGUGUUUCUUUCACCCAGGCCCUCGGAAAGUCCUCUAAGGACGUUAUCUACGGCGAGGUGCUGACCGUCAACGGUCUCCCUCCCGUCGCCCCCACUCUGGCUCCCAAGCAGUGGAAGAUCAUUGAGGGCGAGGCUGCCAUCUACCCCAAGGGCUACCCCUGCCGAACUUUCCACUAA